UGGUGCUGCACUAGAGGCACUAGCUGAUGAGUAUGUUGAGUUACCAGUGUGGUGCGGUUAGGAUUUAAGCUGGUUUUUGGGAGUGCAUUACAUGGCACUAGAGAAAAACCGUCAUCGUCUACGUCGAUCACAUCAUCAUCAGACAAGAAAGGACUUCGUCUUUUACUUGUUACCUUAUUUCGCCGGAAGGAGUAGGAGAAAGAGGAGCAGUGGAAGCAGUGGCUGGCUCUUUUUUUGACCAUGGUGUAGAUUUACCACGAUGAAGAUCGACAAAGUGGUCGGAGGACUAAAAGCUGCUAUGGUCUAAGCAAGCAGAUUUAUGGGAGAGAAGUAUUAUACACAUUAUCGAUACUUGUUACGAGUUGUCUUAUGUUUUUAAAUUCAUCGAAAUCGGAUUGAUUCGUCACCUUUAUUAAAGUUUUAGUUUAUGAAUUCACCAAAGAAAAUAUUAUUUCUGAGGCUGACUCUUCAAAUACACGGAACCUCUCGAGCAAGACAACUACUCAAAUCAGGUUUACCCCACUGCAAGCCAAAAAUGUAUGGGUACUAAUGUAGUCGACGACGUUAGCACUUGUUCACCACUUGAGGAGGCUUUUUUCUAGCAGGAUUCCAACGAAAGAACCAACUGGCGAUCAGAG